AUUUUCUUUGUCUGAGAUACAAAAUGGAAAUGGCAUAUCUAGGGAUUAGAGCAUUCCGUACGUAAUUGAAUUCGAAGCGAUCAUUAUACUAAUAAGAAGAGGAGAUCCGGUGCCGGUACGAGGUCGGAGGCAAGGCGGCGGCGGCGGUUGGUGGCACUGCAACUGCUCGUACCCUAUCGUAUUGGUAUUCCAUUCCAUUAGCGGUGGCCGGAGGAGGAGGAGGAGGAGGAACGCAGCCGCUCUCGCCACCUUUUCCACUCUAAUUUUGCUCUGACCAGAAUUAAGGAAGGGUUGGGUCAACCACUGUCUCCUCGUCGGACUCUGAUCUCAAUUGCGGUGUUUUGGCUGAUGAUCAUUUUGUUUGUUUGUGAAAUUCUGCAUUGGCAAGAAAAUCGUCCUGCUCUUGCUUCGGUAACCUAGAAAUCUUAAGAAUUUGACGUUCAGAGACUUUUUGAUAUUUGACAAUAGUAGGUAUCAGAAACUUGUGGGAUAUUGAACAUCUCAGAUAGGUGGUGACCAUUGUUAUGAACCUAUGACUUCUAGUACAUUUGGUUUACGGCUCACUCCUUUGACUAUCGGGCCAACCCAGGAUGGUCAUGGAUGAGAAGAAAAUUAUAGCUAUUUGUCAAUCCGGCGGUGAAUUUGAGACUGGUAGAGAUGGUAUGCUUUCAUACCAUGGAGGAGAUGCCCAUGCUAUUGACGUGGAUGAUAAAAUGAAGUUUAAUGAGUUCAAGGUGGAAGUAGCAGAAAUGUUUAAUUGUAAUGUGGACACUAUGUCGAUCAAAUACUUCCUCCCUGGAAACAGGAAGACUCUCAUUACUCUCUCCAAUGACAAGGAUCUAAAGCGCAUGAUAAAGUUUCACGGAGAUUCUGUCACUGUUGAUAUUUACAUAACCAUGGAAGAAGUGGUGGCAACUGACAUCUCAAAUUUGCCUGCCAGUAGGUCAAGCAGAACAACUUUAUCAGAAACAGUGGUACCUGUUGAUGGUACUCCUCUUACUAUUAUCCAUGGUAUUGGGGACGAUAAUACUCACGYCGAUAUUCCACUUGACGGUGCACUUGAUGUUGUGGAUGACACAAACUCUGUAGUUAAUCACAUUGAUAUAGGAGGUGAUAUUACACCAAUUCUUCCUCUUCUUGGUUCAAAUGAUGAGAAGCAUGGCAAAGGUGCACAGCAGUGGCAGAAUACUAUUACUGGCGUGGGUCAAAGAUUCAGCAGCGUUCAUGAGUUUCGUGAAUCACUGCGUAAAUAUGCUAUUGCACAUCAAUUUGCAUUCAAGUACAAGAAAAAUGAUAGUCAUCGUGUGACUGUUAAAUGCAAGGCUGAAGGUUGCCCUUGGAGGAUUCAUGCAUCAAGAUUGUCAACCACUCAAUUAAUAUGUAUUAAGAAGAUGAAUUCCACACAUACAUGUGAAGGGGCAGUUAGGACUACAGGCAACCAGGCUACAAGGAGUUGGGUGGCCAGUAUUAUUAAAGAGAAACUAAAAGUUUACCCAAAUUACAAACCAAAGGAUAUUGUCAAUGACAUCAAACAAGAAUAUGGAAUACAAUUGAACUACUUCCAGGCCUGGCGUGGGAAAGAAAUAGCAAAGGAACAGCUUCAGGGUUCAUAUAAAGAAGCAUACAAUCAGUUACCUCUUUUGUGUGAGAAAAUAAUGGAGACUAAUCCAGGUAGUCUUGCCACCUGCGACACUAAAGAAGACUCAAGUUUUCACCGUCUCUUUGUCUCAUUCCAUGCCUCAUUAGGUGGUUUCCAACAGGGUUGCCGUCCUCUUAUUUUCCUUGACAGCAUUCCUUUGAAGUCAAAAUAUCAGGGAACAUUAUUGGCUGCCACAGCUGCUGAUGGUGAUGAUGGUUUUUUUCCUAUUGCUUUUUCUGUUGUUGAUACAGAAAGUGAAGAUAACUGGAGCUGGUUUCUUUUACAAUUAAAAUCAGCAUUGUCAACAUCUUGUCCUAUAACAUUUGUGGCAGAUAGACAGAAGGGUUUAACUGUUUCAAUUGCUGGUAUAUUCAAGGGCUCGUUUCAUGGCUGCUGCCUAAGAUACUUAACCGAACAACUUAUUAGAGACCUGAAAGGGCAAUUUUCUCAUGAGGUGAAGCGGCUCAUAGUUGAGGACUUCUAUACUGCUGCUUAUGCACCUAAACCAGAAAAUUUUCAGAGGUGCAUUGAAAGCAUUAAAAGCAUUUCAUUAGAGGCUUACAAUUGGAUCCUACAAAGUGAACCUCAGAAUUGGGCAAAUGCAUUCUUCGAGGGUGCUAGGUAUAACCACAUGACAUCGAACUUUGGAGAGCUGUUCUAUAGUUGGGUUUCAGAUGCGCAUGAAUUGCCCAUCACACAGAUGGUUGAUGCAAUCAGGGUUAAGAUAAUGGAGUUGAUCUAUGCACGGCGAGCAGAAUCUGACCAAUGGUUGACAAGACUAACCCCAUCCAUGGAGGAAAAGUUGGAAAAGGAAGGCCACAAGGUUCAUAGUCUUCAAGUGCUAUUAUCUGCGGGUAGCACAUUUGAAGUUCGAGGUGACUCCAUUGAAGUUGUUGACGUCGAUCACUGGGAUUGUACUUGUAAAGGGUGGCAACUUAUUGGAUUACCAUGUAGUCAUGCAAUUGCAGUCCUUGGCUGUCUUGGCCGAAGCCCUUAUGAAUUUUGCUCCCGGUAUUUCACAACUGAAAGCUAUAGAUUAACGUAUUCAGAGUCGGUACAUCCCGUUCCCCAUGUUGACGUGCCCAUGCAUAAAGGUUCUCUACAGGCCUCGGUGACAGUAACUCCUCCUCCCACGCGUCGUCCACCUGGUAGACCUACAUCAAAGAGAUAUGGAUCACCAGAGGUGAUGAAACGUCAGCUUCAAUGCAGCAGAUGCAAGGGGCUCGGGCACAACAAAUCAACCUGCAAAGAGUUUCAACAGAGUGUUUGAUAUUGAUUGUGAAAGUGGAAGGGCCAUCCGAGAGCUUCAUUGUAUAAAGGACUGGGCUGAACUUAACAAUAUACGUAGCUGUACUUAUUUGCUUCGAAAGACUGACGUUAGAUGGUAGUCUCUGUCUCUGUCUCUGUCUCUCUUAGUUGCUUUUGCUAACUUUUCAUAACAGUGAACAAUAAUUUUUAGGAAAGCAAUGAAAAUAGUAGGUAUAGGUUCUUUGAUUGGCUUCACUGAAUUAUCGACAUGGAGUAAAUAUGUUACAGUUUAAUUUAUUCUCA